CCGAUUGCUUAAGAAUGAAAUCAUUUUAAAAAUAGUAAGCAAAAUGUGGGGUACUUUUAUCUUGAUGUUGAUCAUUGCUGUGUUAUGCGAUAGCGCAGAGUUUUCAGUUAGAACUACAGUCAGCCCUGACACAGAACGCCAAAAACUAACAAACAUUCUGAACAGCUUGAAUGAAAAAGUGGAACUGCAAUCAACAAUCAGAGAAAUUAACAAUCGUUUAGAAAAACUGGACAAACAUUACGCGGAAAACAAACUCAGUCCUGCAACCACUUCUAACGAAGUCAGUCGUAAAUUAGAAAUCAUCGAACAGAAACUAACCGAAGUACUAAACAAAGUAGCCGAAGUCACCCCCAUCCCGGAAAGUUGUCUAGAAGUAAAAAAGCGUGGAAAUAACGUCACUGGUGUUUUCCUAAUCAAACCCAGAUUCGCGUCUGCCCCUUUUCUGGCGGUUUGUGAUUUGACCACGAGAGGUGGCGGAUGGACCGUCAUUCUAAACAGAUUCGAUGGAAAAGUGGAUUUUUAUUUAGGUUGGCAGAGCUACAAAGUCGGGUUUGGGAAUCUAGCUGAAGAGUUCUGGUUAGGUUUGGAAAACAUUCAUCAAUUGUCUGGUUACCAAGUCAACGAGCUACUAGUCGAACUCGUGGAGUCCGACAACAACGAAACUUUUGCUAGUUAUGACCAUUUUAGUGUUGGUAGUGAAGUGGAAGGUUAUGCUUUGAAAACGCUAGGAGGGUUUAGUGGAACUGCGGAAAAUUCGCUUGCGUAUCAUGGUGGUUUCAAAUUUACUACCAAGGACAAAGACCAAGAUUUACAUACAGGAGUAAAUUGUGCACAAUCGUAUAGUGGGGCUUGGUGGUAUGGUAAAUGCCAUCACAGUCAUCUGACUGGUCUUUACAAAGGAGCCACAGACAAAUACAAAGGAGUUCGAUGGGGGGAGAGGUUUUUUCUGAAAAAGGCCAGAAUGCUAAUUAGACCACAACUGGAUCUCUCCUUGACAUUAUGAAGACUUAUAAUCUCGAAAAACGGCUUUACAAUGUGAUAAUCUUUUUUUGUAAUUAUUGCAUUUACUGCAUCACUAAGUUAAACAAUAAAACUAAUUUAAAGGGUU